CCAGAUGGGGGAUUUUAUUACAAACAACAGGCAAGAGGAAGGCACUUUUACUCUUGUUAAAUCCGAUCGGUCACACGUAAAACGAACGCACUGAAACAUCGAACUUUCUUGUAUACAGACAACAAGAUCGGUUCCUUCCAUUACCUCCGCAAGAUUUUGCAGCUCGUCCGACAUUUCUAAGGUCUUCACAGCCUAACCAAGAACCUCUUGCGUUAAGGACAGUCCGAGCGUCGACCAGUGGAGCAAUGAGGAUGCACUCUUUAUAUGGUCAUGGCCAUUCACAGCAAGCUGUAAACCCCAGAACAUGUGCACUGAUAAUCCAAGCUUCUGUAGCACCUAGCUUGAUGGGUCCAAUGCCGAGGAGAUCAUCACAGACGCUCUUACCCUCAACCGGGUUGCAGAACACACAAGGACUGAUCAAUCAGCCUUCUCGGACGAGUUUUCGGUAUUCUGCACUUGGCCGCCAACAACAAUAUACGCAUAUUCAGGAAAUUGGAGGCCACCUCGUUGAAACGUCAUCAAGAAACAAUAACGGAGAUAGAGGAAUCCUCGGAGGACAACGAGGUUACAAGGAUCAAUUUGAGCAAGGAGAAUCAUCGAGACGAAGGAGGAUGGUCUCGCAAGGAGAAAGCUCAAGAGGAGCAGAACUACCCGUGGCAUCUCGACCUCAAGAUGAUAGCUUCGGUCCGACCAAUCCUUUCGACGACAGGUUCGGUUUCUUGGACGAUAAUCCAUUCGUAUUUCAUUAUACAGCCUGCAUCGUUACAAAGCUCGAACUAAAACAUGGUUUAAUAUUGUGUUUCAGGCCAACGCAAAAUGCAGUAUAUGAUCCAAUAUACGAAGGCGUUGGUCUGCCCGUCGAUCCUCAUCUGAGGCUGUUUGGUAAAAGGAAACCUAAUAGAUUAAGGAAGGAAGGAGGAUAGAUAUACCUUUACUUGGCGAUUCCGAGGGAGGAACUAAGCAUCCGUGUGGCUCUGA